GCUGAUAAUUUGCGAUGAAUGUCCCGUGAUUUGCAGAGUGAAUUUUACAAGAAGCGCGUUUCUUAUGGCUUUUGAAAAAGCUUUUUGGAUUUUGCAUUAGAGUGUCGCGAUAGAAGGCUAUAUUAAUCGGUAAGUAAUUCUUGAAUAUAUUGUAGACCUUAACAUAAGCUUACCAUACAUACAGCUGCGGCUUGUCAUAAAAUGCGCGUCUGAUUUCGACCAAACUCGUACUAGUUACAAUUUGGUAAUGGCAGUUGCAAGCACAUUUAAAUAUCCGAUGUAAUAGAACAUUAUUAUGCCGCAAGUCUCUACAAUCAGUGAAGAUUAAUUUGCAUACUGCACGUAGAAGACAAGAUAGAUUCAGAUGAUGCAUGGUUUCAGAGAUCGCCAUGAUAUCACCAUGACUGACACGUCACAAAUGUAUGCCAGGCUUCAUCAGUUGUAGUAAUAUGUUAAUAUCAAGCUUUUUUUAUUAUAAACCAAGUCUCUGGAUCAGUUCGUUUUAAAGUCAGGGUCUUUCCCAAGCAUGAAAGUUGAAGAGUGUGGGUUUUGAGAAAAGGCUAGUCCAUUACAGACUUGCUAUCUUAGCUCGGUACGCCCCAAUUGCCGCUUCCGAUCGUAAAAUCGGGCAAGAUAAUAGCUGUAUACACUCGCUUAUUUACUGGGUGAAGGCCAUGUAUGUUAACUGUGCAAAGCUGGACUUACACCAGUCAAUGGCUUAGCACCAACAGAGUAAAAUCCGGAUAAGCUCAUUAUAAAUACGAGCCCAUUCACAGGUUUAGUCAAUUAGUUUCCCACGCACGGGUUAUGCGCCAUUAUUUUUUUUUGGGGGUGGGGAGUACCGAGUUUUUAUCACUGCAAUUGUGUAUAUAAUGGAUUAAUGGUAAAUUUACCGUUACAACUUUGAAACGGUCCAUUUUCACAUUGGCUGAUGUUGGCACACGUACUGAGCUAUAUGUAGAACUGGACAGUCCUGCCACUAAGCUAUAUUAAUAUACAAUCUCGUACCCAGAGUAUGCCCGUUCGCAGGUUAGGUGCUGGGCCCAUAAUGUACGGACAAUAAAAAUUCGCGUCAUUUCCAAUACAGAACUACAAACCUAUCCACUGUUUUCCACUGCCUACGUCGCGCCCACGAAAUCGCGCGUCUGAAUUGGAGCCUGGAGACAAGGCUGAAUACAGAAUACAAUAUAAUAUUUUAUUGAGACCACUUCCCUUUUCAGUGAGUCAGUGACAAUUACAAGAUUAAAUACUAAAGUUCUCUUUAAUGAAUUUAAUUAAUCACAGUCAAUGUAAUAAUGACUUUAAUUUAUGUUUAAAGUCUCGCCCUGUCAUACUCGCAUGUUCCGGGCAUUGCAUAAUUGCACGAUAAUAAAAGUUCCGCUGGCUUGAUGCGCUUUUAUGAAGUGGAAUGUUCAAAUGAGAUAAUUGACACUAUACCUCUACUUAUGGUCGUAUAACGGUCGUAAAGAUUGAGUCACGAUCUUUCUCAUCAGCCGAAAUACAACAUUUUAGAACCGAAAAUACGCGGAGUGAUUAUAACUAGAGAAUACUUAUGAUUUACAUGUGGUUUACAGGUAUAAACUAUUAUAAACUGGCCGUUGAGAAAGAUCGUGACUCCAUUUUUACGACCGUAUGGCUUUACAAAUUGCAAACUUAGAUAAGUAGAUGUGAUUAAUUCCCGUCAUGAUUGCUUCGCGAUAAUAAAGUUGUAAGCUUACAGGUAUGUAUUGUAGUUCAACUUUUAGACUAAAAUUCUCAAUAAUUUCAACAUAAUACGAGAAACGCAUCAAAAUGUUUUAAAUGUUAUAAGAGAACAAAUUAUGUAAAACACACUUUUUCUAAUAAAGGCGUCAUAAGGAGUUGAUGUGUGGAACAAAUUAGAAAGUUUUAUUAUAUUAAGCGAUAUUAUAAAUUCAUUUACAUGCAAAUACAUGGAUUCAGAAAUUACACUUUCUUUAAGCAGACAAUGUCCAUAUAAUUGUCAUUGUACAAAAUAAUGACCAUGUAAAAAUCUAACUAGUAUAUCUCUUUGUCUUAAUAUUGGAAACACUACAGCAUUUACCCUUCAAUACUUCAAAUUUGUAAAUCUCUUGUACACCAUAUAAAACUUCUGCAUGAUUAUCUCCAUUUAAUAAUUACUGUAAAUAAUAAAGUAGCCUAUCUGAAUAGGAACAUGACUCAUUAGUACAUGGCCUAUAUACAGAAGCCUGCGAAGGUUUCUAGAAGGUGUCUAUCCCAAAUAUUUUUUUUGUAAAUGUUUUUUUUUUCUGUGUUGGUGUUAUGUAUUCAGGUGAAUACGAUGUUACUCUGAGUGUAUAUCCACACCGGGCAAGCUUGAAAAAUAUGCCUAGUAUUCCAAAGGUCGCAUGUUCGAUUCCCACCGUGGCCAGGCAUAUUUUUCAAGCUUGCCCGGUGUGGAUAUACACUCAGAGUAACAUCACAAACAUCAAUUGUAUUGUACAUGGGAAAAUUAAAUAAAAAAAACUAUAGUAAAAAAAUAUAACUUGGAUGACCUUUGCCAGUAUCAUUCCGGAACUUCGUCGAGGAAGCAGAGUGGGUUUUUAUGUAGGUUUUCAAGUAGCCGGUCAGUAUUGCCUCUGAGAGUUGACAAGCACUGGCGGCAGCCACAGAUUGUUGCGGUGGCGAUUUCAAACUCUAGAUUUAAACAAAAGAAAGGUUUAAAUUAAUAAAAUAUAACUCUAGAUUCAAAAUAAAGAUUCGAUGAGUAUUCCAAGCUAUGUUUUAACUUAAAUAGAAAACAUGAUACCAAAGUUACAUAACUACAUUCUUGUUCGGACCCGUGUUUCAAUGCAGCAAUUAUUUCCGUUAUUUGAUCAAGAUGUAUAUAGCUAAUUAACUCGUCUCACCUGGCUACCCUAGCUGGAUGUACAUAUUUCACAGGAUUUGAAGCCCCCGCCGAGGCAAUAGUAUAAAGACUUCAGAUUCGAGUUUAAUCGCAUUAAUCUGGCCUUGGUAGCCUUGCAUGGUGCGUACUAGGAAUUCACAGAGUUCACAGCUAAAACAGUAUGUAUAUCAAAAUUUAACGUUGUAUGUGGUUAUACGUAAAUCUAGUGUAGAUCGUGGGCCUUCCUCAAAAUCUGUUUCAUUUAUGAAGGUGAAAAACCAGUUAGAGUAAAGUGAUCGCGUAGUUUCAGGUACCACGUAUAGGUACUCUGACAUCUGCAUACAUAUAUUUCGUUGUUACCAUAUAUAUGACCAGCAUGAUAUUCAAAACUGUAUUUAAGUACUCGAUCAGUGGAAAUCUGACAUGUCUUGUAUUGACGGGACUAAGGAAUGUUCAAGUCUGUAGCUUUGUAAAUUGUACUCGUUGUUUUAUUAACACAGCUUCUUGUUGUGUAUUUUAUCUCAAAAACAAAAUCCACCUCGAGUAUAUACACAGGGGUUGUAGAAGCUCAAGUACAUAGCAAUGAUAUCAUUGUAAGUCUUGUUAAUACUGAAGUCAUGAGGUACAACUCGAAUCAUCAGUGAUGUAUUGCACCUUGUCAUUGCUGUAUCUCAGUAUUUGUAGUAGUCAACUCUGUCCUCAUGUUGUGAACGAAAACUUUAGCCGGUUGCUAGUGUUAUUUGUUUACAUAUAUUGUUUAUUUGUACGUAUAAAUAGGAGACCAUUACCUACAUGUGGUAUAUAUAUAUGCAGUUAUGUAUAAACUGAUGCCGGGAAUGUAACUUAUCUUUAUUUAUCAGAAUAUGAUAUUAAGAUAUGUUAUUCGGGCCAAUACGAGCGAAAUUGUUUUAUAAAAUUCUGAGACGUAUAGACUACAGAUUCACCUUUGUUUCAAAACAACAUACUAGUAUUCAUUACACUCUCAGCAGCGUUCCAAUCGGCAGUGCAUGCAUGGUUUCGCCGGCGUAAUCCCUCUUCAGUGACCAUUACAGCCCAGCAGUUGGUGAGCAACUUACUGCCAGGAACGCGAGAUAGUUAAAGGACAUCUCUCCAUUAUACAUAUUAGCAUUAAUAGUACGCUUGUAGAUCAUAAUACAUUUUCUGAUAUCCGAAUAAUAAUAAUUAUAAUUCUGGCUAAUAUUUUUGCAUUUCAUUCUGCAGUACAUAAUGUUAUUCAUGUUUUAAAGUAGACAGCCUUCAAAAGUUUUCAUUCAUUUUUUUAGCCUUCGUUCACAGGAAACUCAUCAUUGAAAACAUUGCGUCAUGGCCAGCACAGGAAAACCAGAUAUUUUAUCGACGAAUGUCUUCCACAGCGAGAAACAGGGGGUAACUGAGGACAAACCGGAUGAUCUACAGAAAACUGUGGAUAUUGUAGUACAAACGUGGAAAUUAGUGAAUCAAGAUGCUUUGAAGCACGGGACAGUGUUUUAUAAACGGUUAGGAAAUCCAUGUACAAUUGAUCAUUCCAGUUGACUAAAUUUUGAUCUGGACAAGAAGGUCGAAAUCUAUCACUAUAGCUUAAAAGAACAUCCUUAAAUUAGUAAAAUUGCCAAAUUUCGUUGCAAAAUGUUGUAAAAUACGGAAAAUAUAGCCCUGUGAAGUUAGCAAAUUUUGAGUAUUUUAGCAUUACGCGCGGGAAAAUGCACCACUUUUGAGCCGAAAGUCGUGCGCUUUUCCGCGCGUAAUCUAAAAUACUCAAAAUUUGCUAAUUGCACAGGGCUAUAUUUUCCGUAUUUUACAACAUUUCGCAACCAAACUUUGCAAUUUUACUAAAUUUUAGGACGCUCUUUUGAGCUGUAAUGAUAGAUUUCGUCUUAGAUAAAAAAUUAGUCGAUAUCUGGAUCAUCCAUUAUGCCUUCUGUUUUCAUAGAUUGUUUACUCCGGCGCGUCGGAAGCAACGUGAAGCAGUGAGUGCAACCAUUUUAAAAAGCCACUUCUCAGUCUUUGUGGGCAGCAAUAUUCGUUAAAAUUUUAAUGUACUGACACUCGACUACUUGUAGCCAAUAUAUAGUUGACAAAUUUCAGCAUGGAUUGGAUUUUUAUUCCUUGUAUGACGCUAAGGACUAAAAUGCAUUGUCAAACAACAUGACAUCUUGUCAAUUAUUAGGAGAGCUUUCUUUUGACUUCUCUUUCAUGAAGAUGGGAACUUUGGUAACAUUUCUGAAAGGAAUUCCAGAUUUAUAUUGGAGCUAAGUUGCUUGAAAACACUUCUCCAUUUCACUUCAUGUGAAUAACUCGUGACUUUCGAAGUUUAGCUCUUGUAAAAAGGGCAACCCUCUUCCCCCGUGUUACCCCCGGCACUGUGUGGGCUAGAGGAGUGGAGGGGGGGGGGUAGCUUUCCCCGUGGCUCUGGCGCUCCUGUGGUCACCCACGCGAAGCAUUAGAAGAACUAUCCAGAAAAUCUCCGACAUAUUUGUUUCCAGAACCAUUGCCAGUAGUGGGUUACGCUAUUCUAAUGUAAUUAAAGGCAAUACUAUACUAAACCUGCAUACAUCUAUAUUUUGUGUCAAUUUUGCACGAUAUCGUCUGUUUUGAAGCCUUGAGUGAGUCUUUGUUGUUUUCAGACUUUUCACAACUCAUCCAGGAGUCGUCGAAUUGUUUUCAUUUUCCUCUGAAGUCAAAGAGAACAUGGACGAGAGUUCAGGUUUAGAAAAUCAGGCCUAUCUUCUCAUGGCGAUGAUCGAUUACGCUGUUAGUCAAUUAGGAAAUCUAGAUGAACUUAUUCCGAAAUUGAAAGAUCUUGGCGCUACCCAUUUUGUCAAAUAUCAAGCCAAACCUGAACACUUUAAGGUAAGCAUUGAAGUUCUUCCUAGAGGUACAGUAAGGAUAUCUCUUAUUGAUCCAGUGUUACUACAGGAGGAAACCUAAACUAAACUAACUUUAUUUAUACUGGAUAGUUCUAUCAGUUCUAAACUGUUCUCCCUAGAGAACCAGUAAGGAUCUUCUCUUAUUACAGUAAGGAUAUCUCUUAUUGAUCCAGUGUUACUACAGGAGGAAACCUAAACUAAACUAACUUUAUUUAUACUGGAUGGUUCUAUCAGUUCUAAACUGUUCUUCCUAGAGGUCCAGUAAGGAUCAUCUCUUAUUGAUCCAGUGUUACUACAGGAGGAAACUUAAACUAAACUAACUUUAUUUAUACUGGAUUCCAGUUCUAAACUUUUCUUCGUAGAGGUCCAGUAAAGAUCAUCUCUUAUUGGUCCAGUGUUACUACACGAGGAAACCUAAACUAAACUAACUUUAUUUUGGAACAUUAUUACUUCUGUAAGCCGACAUGCAUGCGUUUUGCUCGUACUUCUUGUGCUUGUGUACUGGAUAGCUCCAGUUCUAAACUUUUCUUCGUAGAGGUCCAGUAAAGAUCAUCUCUUAUUGGUCCAGUGUUACUACACGAGGAAACCUAAACUAAACUAACUUUAUUUUAACAUUAUUACUUCUGUAAGCCGACAUGCAUGCGUUUUGCUCGUACUUCUUGUGCUUGUGGAGAAUAACAUUCCUUGAAUUAUUCCUUCAGCCUGUUGGCGAGAGUUUAUUGUGGACAUUGAAGGAAGGUUUGGGCGAGCUGUUCACGCCGGAAGUUGAGAAAGCGUGGACAUCAAUCUACACCAUACUCUCUGACGUCAUGAUCGAAGGUGGCAAGGCCGCGUUGGAUGAUGGGUCAGUUUAGAUAUUGGUGGCUUCGACAGUUAACUUCACUAUUAGGAGAAAAUGAAACUACAUACAAGUCCAUAUAUAGAAUGAAAAUAAUUAACAUUUUCUCACUUUCAAAUACAAGGGGUUGAUUGUGCGAAGGAUGGAUAGCACUAUCCAUCGGAUCAUGAUUUUUUUCAUGAAAAGAAACUAUAAUUUAUAAAUACUAAAGACGACUUUGAUCUAGGAUAUAUACCAAGGGUUGAAAAAAUCACUCUCCGAUAGAUAUGGCGCAGUCUGUCCGGCUUUUGUACAAUCGACUCCUAACCCCUUUAGUAGGUGAUCUUUAUUUCACCAAUAAGGUCGUUGACUAUCUCAGAACCCACUUUAUAUAAAAAUCUAGUAAUUGUAAAUUAUUCCAGUUUUUAUUGUGUAUAUUUAAUCGUUCAUAUGUCACCACAGUAUAUAAUACUCACAAAAAUACUUUUAUUAACAGCAUUACUACUAAUUCGUAAUGACAAUCAUAGCCAUUGGUCAUUAAUUCGUAAUAAUUAAUUAUUAUAAUAGCAAUCAAAUAGUAAUGUUGUAUAGGAUAUUAACCACAUGUCUCUCAACAACUAUAGAGUAUAUAGAAC